AUGUAUUACAUUGUUCCAAAUAAUUGGGAUUCAAUCAAAUCUCAAGUUAAUGCAAGUUAUUGGAUUGCAACUGAAUCAGCAAAACAAACAAUGUUUGCUCAAAUGAUUGACCAUAAAGUGCUGAAUAGUGAUUGGACAGUUCAACAAACAUUCUUCAGCAACAAUGUCAAUUCUAAUGUAAACUUUGGUUCCUCUGAUUUCAGAAUGUCUGAUGGCUACAUUCUCAAAGCAGGAACUUCUCGUGUUCAAACUCCUUUCACUCCAACUCCAACUCCAAAUACUCCAACACCAACAAUUAAAACUCCAACACCAACAGUUAAAACUCCAACACCUACAGCUAAAACUCCAACACCUACAGUUAAAACUGCUACUCCAACAUUCAAAACGCGAACCAUAUCACACAAAACAUCAACUUUUAGAACACGAACACAGACAUCGAAGCAAGCGACAGAAUCCGCAACAAUGAAGUUAGAAAUUACAACUCAGAUGUUAUCAUCACGUGCUAAUUCUGAUGAAUCAAACGCUUCAAAGGAAAACGGUUCAAAAGGAAUUAGUUCCAAGACAUUGUUUAUCAUAAUUUUCUGCGUUGGUGGUGUUGUCUUACUUUCUGGAAUUAUUGCUGUUAUUGUUUCUUCCAAACACAUCAAGAGGAAAGAAAACUCUGAUGAAGAAAAAGAUAGAUCAGAGCUUGACAUGUACCUUGUGUAA